CACAGACAGAGAGCUGGAGGAAAGUCAGUGCGCUUCUUCCCGGUUCAUAGAAAGUUAAAGGAACUGGAGGUGGACAACAGCGUCUAAGAUACAACGAAAGGUUCCUCGGUGAAUGGCACUUUUUUUUUUGCGCAAAUUGACUUUUUAACAUUAGUAUUCUGCUCCUCGCAUGGAGAAAAGACCUGAAACGCAGGCGCAGUGAUUUCACUCAGGAACCGGACCAGCGGACAGACUGUGGCGGGAUUACCGGCGCUGCGGCUGGGACCGGCGCUCACCUCUGCUGCUGCUGCUGCUGCUGCUGCUUCUGCUUCUGCUGCUGCUGCUGCUUCUGCUGCUGCUUCGGAGACACAGGAACCUUCUUCCUCUGUGCUUUUGGCUCUCACCUGACUGACACACACACUCACACGUACACACACUCACACACACACACUCACACACACGCACACACUCACACACACACACUCACACACACUUUGUCGGGAUUGUAACGCGUUAAAGUGAUUGUUGCGUGUGGAUUUGGUGCGGGUGAGAGUUGCGGGAGAGCCUGUGACUCAGUGUAAACUUCUUGAACUUGUCAGUGUGUAGUAGAUGAGCUUAUGAGUGCGGCGUUCGGUUCGUCCUUCGCGAUGAUGCAGCGUCCGGUGGGAAACACCACUGCCUUCAGCAUCGACUCGCUCAUCGGCGGCUCCCAGCAGCCCAGUCCGGGACACUUCGUGUACACCGGCUACCCCAUGUUCAUGCCUUACCGCUCCGUGGUGCUUCCUCCUCCUCCUCCUCCUCCUCCUCCUCCUGGUCUGACUCAGGCGCCUCCUCAUCAUCAGCUCGCCGCUUUACCGGCCGCUAUACCGGGCGCUUUCUGCUCCAGUCUGGCGCAGGGCAUGGCGCUCACCUCCACGCUCAUGGCCAGCCUGCCCCAGCACCCGGAAGCGGCCCGGAAGUUCGGCACGCAGGCGCUGCACGCGGCCUUUGACAAAUCCCAUGAGAUCCGACUGGACGCGGAAGACGGCAAAAGUUUCCUGAGCAAAGAGACCGCUGCGCUUCUGCCCUUCCACGAUGAGCCUCUGCAGUCCGCUACAGUACGAGGUCACGGCAAAGACGAUGCCAAGGAAGACGAGUGCACCAGGAAGGACGAGAGCUUCUCCAUGGACAGCGACCUUGACUACAGCUCGGAUGACAACAUGGCUCCUGCAUCCAACCCUCUGUGUGCCAAAGAGGACGGCGAGGCGAGCGCGGGGCUGGAGGAGAGCGCGCGCUCCGGGAGCGGCGCCUCGGGCGGGAAGAACCGCAGGCGGCGGACGGCGUUCACCAGCGAGCAGCUGCUGGAGCUGGAGAAAGAGUUCCACUGCAAGAAGUACCUGUCACUGACAGAACGCUCGCAGAUCGCGCACGCCUUGAAACUCAGCGAGGUGCAGGUGAAAAUCUGGUUUCAGAACCGCAGGGCGAAGUGGAAGCGCGUGAAGGCGGGGAACGUGAACACCAAGGCGGGAGAGCCGUCCCGAAACCCCAAAAUAGUGGUCCCCAUUCCCGUGCACGUGAGCCGCUUCGCCAUCCGGAGCCAGCACCAGCAGCUGGAGCAAGCCAGACCGUGACAUGCCUGGGCUCUGGACCAAAAACCAACUUAACUAACGCGAGGGACUUGUUUACAAAAGCCACAUGUGAAAUAUGAACAGAGCGCGUUUACACGCGGAUAUCUGCGUUUAUUAUCCUGCAGCAGGAAGCUGCGUCGCUCUGAGUGAACCGCAGACUUGUGUACUAAAUCAUGCAGCAAAAUAGCACACCUCCAGAAGUGACACUAUAGGUAGUGUGCUAUUUUGACUUACAGUGUAACGCGGUUUGAGACGCAGCCCAAGUUCUGGUAACUGGGCACACAGACAGGAGCACACACUCAGAGAGAGAGAGAGAGAGAGAGAGAGAGAGAGAGAGAGAGAGAGAGCUGCUGUGGACCAAAUGAUGAAUAAAUUAAUUCCCUGUAGAUUUCAAAGAACGCAAGAAUGUGAAGUUCUCUUUCGUUUAGUUUCUCUGUAGUGUUCACUCUGUGUGUGUGUGUGUGUGUGUGUGUUUAACAGAGAUGAUGAGGUGAUGUAUUAAAUGGAGCACUUUUCUGGCUCUGAUCUGAAGCACUGAAAAACAGUCAUGCCUUGGAGAUUCUGCUCUGUUCUGUUAAUACGGGCUUUUAUUGGUUAUGAUUAAUAUUCAUUAGUUUUCUUCAUUUUCUUCUUUCUGAUUAUUUUAUCUUCAUGGGGGCACGCUGCUAAUUUAUUUGAUAUUGUGCAAAGAGUUGCUAACAUGCGAAGAGUUUAUUGAGUUGAGAUUGUGUGCAUUAAAGU